CGGAGCACUACUAGUCAAAAUUAUUCAGUUGCCAACUAUAGAACCAGCAACAUGUACGCUAAGGUGAUCGUAGCUCUGUGCGCCGUGGGCAUGGCCCGCGCUGGCGGUCUCCUGGCAGCGGCCCCCGUGGCCUACUCCGCCCCCGUCAUCACCAAGACCAUCUCCCCGGCGGUUUCCUCCGUGUCCUCCUACUCCACUCACACGGCACACGCCAGCCCGUACGCCGCGUACGCCGCUGCCCCCGUCGCCACCUACGCCGCGGCCGCUCCCGUCGCGUACGCCGCUGCCCCCGUCGUCGCCAAGACUUACGCCGCUCCCGCCAUCGCGACUUACGCCGCUGCCCCCGUGGUGACCAAGACCAUCACCCCCGCCGUCUCCUCCGUGUCGUCCUACUCGACCCACACCUCCCACGGUUCCCCCGUAGCCACUUACGCCGCCGCUCCCGUGGUCGCUAAGGCCAUCGCUCCCGUAGCCUACGCCGCUCCCGCCGUGGCCGCGUACGCUGCGCCCGUGGUCACCAAGACCAUCACCCCUGCUGUGUCCUCCGUGUCCUCUUACUCUUCCCACACCGCUCACGGGUCCCCCGUGGUAGCCUCUUACGCCGCCGCCCCCGCCGUGGCCUCUUACGCCGCUGCCCCCGCCAUCUCCGCGUACGCCGCUCCCGCCAUCUCCGCGUACGCCGCUCCCGCCAUCUCCACCUACGCCCACGCCGCUCCCGUCCUGAAGUCGGCUGUGGCCUACUCCGCCGCCCCCGCGGUCUCUCACCUCUCCUACAGCGGACUCGGUGCUCAAUAUGGUUGGAAAAGCCUAAAAAACAAAAUUGCUGCCCCCGUCGCCACCUACGCCGCGGCCGCUCCCGUCGCGUACGCCGCCGCCCCCGUUGUCGCCAAGACUUACGCCGCUCCCGCCUUCGCGACUUACGCCGCUGCCCCCGUGGUGACCAAGACCAUCACCCCCGCCGUCUCCUCCGUGUCGUCCUACUCGACCCACACCUCCCACGGUUCCCCCGUGGCCACUUACGCCGCCGCUCCCGUGGUCGCUAAGGCCAUCGCUCCCGUAGCCUACGCCGCUCCCGCCGUGGCCGCGUACGCUGCGCCCGUGGUCACCAAGACCAUCACCCCUGCUGUGUCCUCCGUAUCUUCUUACUCUUCCCACACCGCUCACGGGUCCCCCGUGGUGGCCUCUUACGCCGCCGCCCCCGCUGUGGCCACUUACGCCGCUGCCCCCGCCAUCUCCGCGUACGCCGCUCCCGCCAUCUCCACCUACGCCCACGCCGCUCCCGUCCUGAAGUCGGCUGUGGCCUACUCCGCCGCCCCCGCGGUCUCUCACCUCUCCUACAGCGGACUCGGUGCUCAAUAUGGUUGGGUGAUCGUAGCUCUGUGCGCCGUGGGCAUGGUCCGCGCUGGCGGUGUCCUGGCAGCGGCCCCCGUGGCCUACUCCGCCCCCGUCAUCACCAAGACCAUCUCCCCGGCGGUCUCAUCCGUGUCGUCCUACUCCACUUACACGGCGCACGCCGGCCCGGUCGCCGCGUAUGCCGCUGCCCCCGUCGCUGCUUACGCCGCCGCUCCCGUCGCAUACGCCGCCGCCCCUGUCGUCGCCAAGACUUACGCCGCUCCCGCUUACACGACUUAUGCGGCCGCUCCCCUAGCCACCAAGACUAUUGCCCCAGCUGUGGCCACGUAUGCCGCUGCUCCUGCCGUAGCCGCGUACGCUGCACCGGUUGUGGCUAAGACCAUCGCCCCAGCAGUAUCUUCAGUCUCUUCUUACUCUUCGCAUACCGCUCACGGUCCUGCUGUAGCCACGUACGCGGCUGCUCCUGCUGUGGCGUACUCUGCCGCGCCUGCUAUCUCCACGUACGCUGCUCCCGCAGUAUCUGUCCAUGCUGCUCCCGCGUACACCACCUACGCUCACGCCGCUCCCGUCUUGAAGGCUGCUGUGGCGUAUUCUGCUGCCCCGGCCGUGUCUCACCUUUCUUACAGCGGUCUUGGAGCUAACUAUGGUUGCGCGACGGACCCAGACUGCAUUUCGACCGGCAUCAGGCAGCUGGUCGUAGUCCUGUGCGCCGCGGGCAUCGCCUCCGCCGGCAACCUGCUGCACGCCGCGGCACCCGUGGCGUACGCCUCGCCCGUCUCCUCCGUGUCGUAUUCGACGCACACCGCGCACGCCCCCGUCGCACAAUACGCCGCCGCUCCCGUCGCGCAUUACGCCGCUGCCCCCGUCGCGCAGUACGCCGCUGCCCCCGUCGCCACCUAUGCCGCUGCCCCCGUCGUCAAAUCCCUCGCCCCCGCCGUCUCCUACCAAACCAUCUCGACUCACUCAGCUCCCGUCUCUUACGCCGCUCCCGCUGUAGCCACUUACGCCGCUGCCCCAGUUGUACACAAGACCAUCGCGCCUGUGGCUACUUACGCUAAGGCUAUCGCGCCUGCGGUGUCUUACUCUUCCUACUCUACCCACUCGACCCACGCUGCUCCCGUGGCGUACGCUGCCGCUGCUCCCGUCAUCACCAAGACCUACGCCGCCCCCGCCGUGCACACCUAUGCUGCCCCCGCUGUAUCUUACUCUGCUCCGGUUGUGACUAAAGCCAUCGCUCCCGCGGUGUCUUACUCUUCUUACUCCACUCACUCCGCGCCUGUGGCCUACGCUGCCGCCUCUCCCUUGGUCGCUAAGACUUACGCCGCGCCCGCCAUCUCUGCCUACCAUUCUGCUCCCGUCGCUUACGCCAAGACGUACGCUGCCCCCGCCGUGCACGCGUACGCUGCGCCCGCCGUGGCUACGUACGCCGCCGCCGCUCCCGUAGUCAAGACCGCCGUCACCUACUCCGCUGCCCCGGCUGUAUCCCACGUCACCUACUCUGGAGCGUACGGCAACUACGGCUGGUAAAUUUCCGAACGAACUGUGAUAAUUAUUGUUAAUGUUUUAUGUUGAUAUUUAUUGUAAUAUAAUGACAGAAAACAAAAACGAAAAUAAAUAAUUUAAAAAUA